CAGGAGGCUGAAUGAGGAUCAAGAGAGAUGCGGAGAUGCAAACAGGCGCGGCUGGGGCCGGAGGGAGGUAACGGAGCGAAGAUACCAGGCCUGGGCGGACAAGCGCUCGAGAGAUGGAUCCAGAGAACUGCCCACCGCUGUUUCUUGCCCAGGCCCGAAAAAAGCCAGAACCAGAGCCUACUUGAACAGAAGGGCUUGCCAGAGGAAUUUUCCAAGUGCCCAAAGGCCAGCCCUUGAAGCGCCUGUGGUCAGCCCGGGAGGCCCCCACUGAGAUUUGGGGAUCGGCUCCACCUCAGGCCAUGCCAGGCCAGGGUCUGCCCCUUCGAGUGGCUACCCUGCUGACGGGGCUGCUGGAAUGCCUUGGCUUUGCAGGAGUCCUCUUUGGCUGGGCAUCACUGGUGUUUGUCUUCAAGACAGAGCAUUACUUUGAGGAGCUAUGCGAGCCGGACGCGGGGCCGAUGGGCAAUGUCACGGGGCAGGCUGACUGCAAAGCCCAGGAUGAGAGGUUCUCACUCAUCUUCACCCUGGGGUCCUUCAUGAACAACUUCAUGACAUUCCCCGCUGGCUUCAUCUUUGAUAGGUUCAAGACCACCGUGGCUCGUCUCAUAGCCAUAUUUCUCUACACCAGUGCCACGCUCACCGUAGCCUUCACCUCUGCAGACUCAGCCCUGCUGCUCUUCCUGGCCAUGCCCAUGCUCACUGUGGGAGGAAUCCUGUUUCUGAUCACCAACCUGCAGGUUGGGAACCUCUUUGGCAAACACCGCUCAACCAUCAUCACCCUCUACAACGGGGCAUUUGACUCCUUCGCAGUCUUCCUUGUCAUCAAGCUGCUUUAUGAAAAGGGCGUCAGCCUCAGGGCCUCCUUCAUCUUUCUCUCAGUCUGCAGUGCCUGGCACGUGGGGCGCACUUUCCUCCUGAUGCCCCGAGGCCACAUCCCCUAUCCACUGCCCCCCAACUACAGCUACGGCCUGCACUCCAGGACUGACACCACUGAGGGAGAGAAGAACACAGCGGAGUCCGAUAAGGUGGAGAUGCAGUCCAAGGAGUUCCUUCCAGCAAAGGAAGAGACCCUGGAACCAGGGAAGAAGCAGGAGCACCGCUCUUUCUGGCGUUACGCACUCUCCCAGCGCUUUGCCUUCCACCUGGUGUGGCUGUCCGUGAUACAGCUGUGGCAUUACCUCUUCAUCGGCACCCUCAACCCGCUGCUCGCCAACCUGGCGGGCGGGGACAGGGCGCUAGUCAGCACCUACACAAAUGCCUUCGCCAUUACUCAGUUCUUCGGGGUGCUGUGUGCCCCCUGGAACGGCCUGCUCAUGGACCGGCUCAAGCAGAAGUACCAGAAGGAAGCCAAAAACACAGGGUCCUCGGCCACGACGGUGGCCCUCCGCUCGGCCGUGCCUUCUCUGGCUCUGACAUCUCUGCUGUGCCUGGGCUUCGCCCUCUGUGCCUCGGUGCCCAUCCUGCCCCUUCAGUAUGUCACUUUCAUCCUGCAAGUGAUCAGCCGCUCCUUCCUAUAUGGGGGCAACGCUGCCUUCCUCACCCUCGCUUUCCCCUCGGAGCAUUUUGGGAAGCUCUUUGGGCUGCUGAUGGCCUUAUCAGCCAUUGUAUCUCUGCUCCAGUUCCCUAUCUUCACCUUCAUCAAAGGCCCCCUCCAGAAUGACCCGCUCUACGUGAAUGUGAUGCUGAUCCUUGCCACUGUGUUGACGUUCGCCCACCCCGUCAUGGUGUACUGGGAGUGCCGGCGGGAAUGGGGCUCUCCUGCUACCGUCUAGGCUCAGAAGCUCUCGCUUUCCAGCCCCGGUGAUGCUUUGCUAAUCUGUCCCCACAUUUGAGGACCCCGCGUCCAGGAGCACUUGGCCUGUGCAGGCUACUGAUAUUAAGUAGCCAUUACGUUUUCUUUCUUUU